AUGUUUGGAUUUUUCAAAUCACCGGGGAACAACAAAGUUCCCAGCGACAAAAAAGGAGGAACAAUCAAUGCAGGAAGAAGAACUUCUUCAGAACCAAUCUUGAUAACACCAGAUUUCGACGAUGACGACAAGUACAAGAACGGUUUCCAAAAUUCCGGUGGUCUGCAGAGCCAAACGACAGAAGAAUUAGAGAACUAUGCGGUUUAUAAAGCCGAAGAAACAACCAAAGGUGUUAACAAUUGUCUUAAGAUCGCUGAAGAUAUAAGAUCGGAUGCUACAAGAACGCUCGAAAUGUUGCAUAACCAAGGUGAACAGAUCAACAGGACUCAUGUUAUGGCUGUUGAAAUGGAUAAAGAUCUCAGUCGGGGAGAGAAGCUUUUGAACAACUUAGGAGGAAUGUUUUCUAAGCCGUGGAAACCGAAGAAGACUAAAGAGAUCGCGGGACCGAUGAUUACACCAGAUAAACCGUCGAAGAAGAGCGGGAAGGAAGACCGAGAGAAACUCGGUUUGGCUGCGAAAGGACGAUCAAGCAGCCAACCGCUACCAUUAGACCAACCAACAAACGCAUUGCAAAAAGUUGAGCAAGAGAAGGCAAAGCAAGACGAUGGACUUUCAGAUUUAAGUGACAUUUUGGGUGAUCUUAAGAGCAUGGCUGUUGAUAUGGGAUCUGAGCUCGACAAGCAAAACAAGGCUCUUGAUCAUCUUGAUGACGAUAUUGAUGAGCUUAACUCUCGUGUUAAAGGAGCUAAUACACGAGCACGUCACUUGCUUUCCAAAUAA